AGGUCUCUGCUUCCAGUGUUGUGGUCUCAGAGCUGUUUUGACAGUUGGAGUACAGGGAGAUUUCAUCUCCUCUCUGCCUCCUUCUCUCCCGUCCUUCAUUCACUUAACGUGCAGACCUGGAAUGCUGUAGGAAGAAGAGAAAGCAAAUUUACGAGUUCUUUAAUCCCAGACAGGCAGCUUUGUGGCAGUUACCUUCAAGAAAAGUUCACGCCCCAAAGGAGUGUUUAGUCUUACAGAGCCACUGACUCACUGAGCAGCGCGUGUGAGUGUCUGUGAGGGAGAAGGCAGAGAUGGAGGAAAAGUUUUGCUUCCUUGUGAAACUCGUAACGUUAUUGUUUUAAGGACUUUUUGAAAAGAUGACUGCUACUUUUGUUUGAAGUAUUCUGGAAUUGCUGAAUCUGGAGUCUACCAGAGACUGAGGUCAGGAGCAUUUUCUUUGGCAGAAAGAAGAUACUUUUAGAGAAGCCAUGCCUGUGCUUGGGGUUGCCUCCAAGCUAAGACAGCCAGCCGUAGGGUCAAAGCCUGUUCAUACUGCCCUCCCGAUACCAAACCUUGGCCCCACUGGCACGCAGCACUACUCACCAAAGUCCUUGGAGCUUACUGGGGCAGAGAGCUCGAUGCUGUCUUGUCAGCUCACCUUAAAGUCAACCUGUGAUUUUGGAGAGAGGAGAGCGCUUCAAGGGAAAACCCAGGAGCUGGAAGAUAGCAAGAUUUACACUGACUGGGCUAACCACUACCUAGCAAAAUCUGGCCACAAGCGGUUGAUCAAGGAUUUGCAACAGGACAUUGCAGAUGGAGUUCUGCUAGCAGAAAUCAUCCAGAUCAUCGCAAAUGAGAAGGUUGAAGAUAUCAAUGGCUGUCCCCGGAGCCAGUCUCAAAUGAUUGAGAAUGUUGAUGUCUGCCUCAGCUUUCUGGCAGCCAGAGGUGUAAAUGUCCAAGGUCUUUCUGCAGAAGAAAUAAGGAAUGGAAAUUUGAAAGCCAUUUUAGGGCUGUUUUUCAGUUUGUCUCGAUACAAACAGCAGCAACAUCAUCAGCAACAGUACUACCAGUCUUUGGUGGAGCUACAACAGCAAGUACCUUCAUCUCCAGCAGAAAUCAGCCAGUCCAAAACACAAGAUAUGCAGUCGAGUCUCACAGCCAGAUAUGCAACUCAGUCUAAUCACAGUGGAAUUGCAACCAGUCAAAAAAAGGCUUCUAGGCUUCCAGGACCCUCAAGAGUGCCAGCUGCAGGCAGCAGUACCAAAGUUCAGGGAGCUUCCAAUUUAAAUCGGAGAAGCCAGAGCUUUAACAGCAUUGACAAAAACAAGCCUCCACAAUAUGCAAAUGGAAAUGAAAAAGCAGAUUCACCAAAAGGCCCUCACCCAUCUGCAGGCAUGAAUGGAAACGUGCAGCAUCCCACCAGCACUGGGCAGCAGCAGGUCUCUGCCAUACCCUCUCCAAGUGCCAGCAAGCCUUGGCGCAGCAAAUCCAUGAAUGUCAAACACAGCGCGACCUCGACCAUGCUGUCCGUGAAGCAGCCCAGUCCUGCAACCUCCCCUACUCCAUCCUCAGACAGGCUUAAGCCACCUCCUUCUGAAGGUGUGAAGCCCCCUUCAUCUGGACAAAAAUCUAUGCUGGAAAAAUUCAAGUUGGUUAAUGCUAGGACUGCUCUGAGACCGCCUUUGUCGCUGAGCUCAGGGCCCAGUGACAGCGGGAGAGAGGAUGACACCUUUUCAGAGUGUGGUGAGGUGGAUGUGCUAAGUGGUGGGGUGAACAGCAGCGGUUCCACGAGUAGCAGUCCUAAAGUAUCACCGAAGUUAACUCCUCCGAAAGCUGGAAGCAAAAAUCUCAGCAAUAAAAAGUCUUUGCUACAGCCAAAGGACAAAGAGGAAAAGAACAGGGACAAAAAUAAAGUUUGCACUGAGAAAACUGUCAAGGAAGAGAAGGACCAGGUCACUGAAGCAUCUACAAAGAAGAGCUCAAAAAUUGCAAGCUUAAUCCCAAAGGGAAGCAAGACAGCAACAGCCAAGAAGGAAAGUUUAAUACCAUCUUCUAGUGGGAUCCCAAAACCUGGAUCAAAGGUGCCAACAGCAAAGCAAAGUACUUCAUCUGCAUGUGUGGGAAGUAAGGAGGCUGAGAAACUGAGGACUACAAAAGGAAACCAGUCCCAACCAACACCUAAAUCCCAACUUAACGAGAAGGCUUCUCCUUCCUGUGGGCUUGCUUUUUCUGAAGGGAAAGAACCAAGCACUGCUCUCACCCCGGGACCCUCCACAGCUCUGUCAGGCACAGCAACAAGCAGUGGCCAAAGCACGGGGAAUGGUGUUGUCCAACUUCCUCAGCAACAGCAAUACAGCCACCCCAACACUGCCACAGUAGCUCCUUUCAUUUAUAGAACUCUUUCAGAAAAUGACAGUACCUCUUUACCACCUGCUGAUUCUUGCACCAGUCCUACUAAAAUGGAUUUGUCGUUCAGUAAGACUGCCAAACAGUGCCUAGAGGAGAUAUCUGGAGAAGACCCUGAAACGAGAAGGAUGAGAACUGUAAAGAACAUAGCAGACCUGAGGCAGAAUUUGGAAGAAACUAUGUCCAGCCUUAGAGGGACCCAGAUAAGCCACAGCACAUUGGAGACAACUUUCGACAGCACUGUGACAACAGAAGUGAAUGGAAGAAGCAUACCGAGCUUGACAAGCCGGUCCACCCCAGUGACUUGGAGGCUUGGGCAAGCCAGUCCUCGGCUCCAAGCAGGAGAUGCCCCAUCCCUGGGUGCUGGGUAUCCUCGCAGCAGCACAAGUCGAUUCAUCCACACAGACCCUUCUCGAUUCAUGUACACCACCCCACUCCGCCGAGCAGCUGUUUCUCGCCUUGGAAAUAUCUCACAGAUCGACGUGAGUGAGAAGGGAAGCAGUGAUUUGGAUAUGUCCUCUGAAGUUGACGCUGGUGGCUACAUGAGUGAUGGGGACAUCCUUGGAAAAAGUCUCAGAACAGAUGACAUCAAUAGUGGGUACAUGACAGAUGGAGGACUCAACCUAUAUACGAGAAGUCUGAACCGAAUACCAGACCUAGCUACCUCUCGAGAUGUCAUUCAGAGAGGGGUUCAUGACGUGACAGUGGAUGCAGACAGCUGGGAUGACAGCAGCUCAGUUAGUAGUGGCCUCAGCGACACUCUUGACAACCUCAGCACAGAUGAUUUGAACACCACCUCAUCUGUCAGCUCUUACUCCAAUAUAACUGCCUCUUCAAGAAAGAAUGCUCAUGCCCAGCUGAAGACAGACUUGGAGAAGCGCUCAGUUACAGACAGCGAAACUUGGGGCAGCACUGAAGAGCUGAAGAAACCAGAGGAAGAUUUUGACAGCAACAUAGACAGCAGUGGCAAGUGGAAAGGCCUUCCUUCGGGGCUGUCUGAAGAGUCAGAGAAGGGGGGGCAGAAAGCACCCCUCUCGCAGACGGGAUCCUGGAGGAGAGGCAUGACUACACAAGUAGGAGCCACUCAGUCCAGGCACAAAGCAGGGACCAGUGCUCUCAAGACCCCAGGAAAAACAGACGAUGCAAAAGCUUCAGAAAAAGUGAAAACUCCUCUGAAAGGAGCCUCCAUUCAGCGCUCUCCAUCAGAUGCAGGGAAAAGCAGUGGUGACGAAGGAAAGAAGCCUCCCUCUGGUAUUGGGCGAUCAACUGUUACUGGGUCCUUCGGGUUCAAGAAGUCUGGGAUGGGAUCUUCUACCAUAAUCACCACAAGUGGAGCAACUAUCACAAGCGGAUCGGCAACUCUGGGGAAAAUGCCCAAAUCCUCAGCCAUCGGUAGCAAGUCCAACGCGGGACGGAAGACAAGCUUAGACGGUUCUCAGAACCAGGACGAUGGCGUUCUGCACGUGAACUCGAAGACAACGCUGCAGUAUCGAAGCCUGCCUCGCCCAUCUAAGUCCAGCGGCAGUGGGAUCCCAGGCAGGGGUGGGCACCGCUCCAGCACCAGCAGCAUCGACUCCAAUGUCAGCAGCAAGUCUGCGGGCGCCGCUGCCACCAAACUGCGAGAGCCAAGCAAGAUUGGGUCUGGGCGGUCCAGUCCUGUCACCAUCAACCAGACGGAUAAGGAGAAGGAAAAAGUGGCCGUGUCUGAUUCUGAGAGUGUCUCACUGUCAAGUUCUCCAAAAUCCAGCCCAACUUCAGCAAGCGCCUCUGGCACACCGGGACUUAGGCAGCCAGGAUCCAAAUACCCAGAUAUUGCAUCGCCCACAUUUCGAAGGUUGUUUGGUGCCAAGGCAAGUGGUAAAGCUGCCUCUGCACCCAGUACUGAAGGUGUGAAACCCACAUCGGCAAUGCCCAGCCCUAGUACCACCUUGGCACGGCAAGGCAGCCUGGAAUCGCCGUCCUCGGGCACAGGCAGCAUGGGCAGUGCAGGUGGGCAAAGUGGUAGCAGCAGCCCCCUCUUCAGUAAACCUUCGGACUUAAAUGCAGAUGUUGUAAGCUUAAGUCACUCCUUGGCUUCCAGUCCCGCCUCAGUGCACUCUUUCACAUCAGGUGCUCUUGUGUGGGCUGCAAACCUGAGCAGCUCUUCAGCGGGCAGUAAGGACACACCAAGUUACCAGUCCAUGACUAGCCUGCACACCAGUUCCGAGUCUAUUGACCUUCCUCUUAGCCAUCAUGGCUCUCUCUCUGGACUGACAACAAGCACUCAGGAGGUUCAGAGCCUGCUCAUGAGGACGGGAAGCGUCAGAUCUACUCUUUCGGAAAGCAUGCACCUUGACAGAAAUACACUACCCAAAAAGGGAUUAAGAUACACUCCAUCAUCUCGGCAGACAAGUCAGGAAGAAGGCAAGGAAUGGCUACGCUCCCAUUCCACUGGAGGCCUGCAGGACACUGGCAGUCAGUCCCCACUUGUUUCUCCUUCAGCUAUGUCUACAUCUGCAACUGGAAAAUAUCACUUUUCCAACCUGGUGAGUCCAACCAACCUGUCUCAGUUUAACCUUCCUGGACCCAGUAUGAUGCGUUCAAACAGCAUUCCUGCACAAGAUACUUCUUUUGAUCUGUAUGAUGACUCCCAACUGUGCGGCAGUGCUACAUCCCUAGAAGAAAGGCCACGUGCAAUUAGUCAUUCAGGUUCAUUCAGGGACAGCAUGGAAGAAGUACAUGGGUCCUCAUUAUCACUUGUCUCCAGCACAUCCUCUCUCUACUCUACGGCAGAAGAAAAGGCACAUUCAGAGCAAAUUCAGAAACUACGGAGAGAGCUUGUUGCAUCACAAGAAAAAGUUGCUACUCUUACAUCUCAACUUUCUGCAAAUGCUCAUCUAGUAGCAGCUUUUGAAAAAAGCUUGGGAAAUAUGACUGGCCGUUUGCAAAGUCUUACAAUGACAGCUGAGCAAAAGGAAUCUGAGCUUAUAGAGCUACGGGAAACCAUUGAAAUGCUGAAAGCCCAGAAUUCUGCUGCACAGGCUGCUAUUCAAGGAGCUCUGAAUGGCCCUGAUCACACCCACAAAGAUUUACGUAUUAGACGGCAACAUUCUUCAGAAAGUGUUUCCAGCAUCAACAGUGCAACAAGCCACUCCAGUAUUGGCAGUGGUAAUGAUGCUGACUCCAAAAAAAAGAAAAAGAAAAACUGGGUGAACUCUAGAGGAAGUGAGCUAAGAAGCUCUUUCAAACAGGCCUUUGGAAAGAAGAAGUCCACCAAGCCUCCCUCCUCCCAUUCUGACAUCGAAGAACAAACAGACUCCUCUCUUCCUUCAUCACCCAAAUUGCCCCACAGCUCAGGAGAGUGCGGGGCAACAUCAAUGAAACCGUCACAAUCAGCUUCUGCGAUCUGUGAGUGCACGGAGGCAGAGGCUGAAAUUAUUCUUCAGCUAAAGAGUGAGCUGAGAGAGAAAGAGCUAAAAUUAACGGACAUUCGUCUUGAAGCCCUCAGCUCUGCACAUCAUCUGGAUCAGAUUCGGGAGGCCAUGAACCGCAUGCAGAAUGAAAUUGAGAUAUUGAAAGCUGAAAAUGAUCGUCUAAAGGCAGAGACUGGAAAUACUGGAAAACCUGCCCGGCCAUCAUCAGAGUCUUCAAGUAGCACAUCAUCUUCUUCAUCACGGCAGUCGCUAGGACUUUCUCUGAACAAUUUAAACAUCACUGAAUCUGUUACAUCAGAUAUUUUGUUGGAUGAUGUCACAGAUGGGGCACUCCACAAAGAGGGCCAUAGUGUGAAAAUUUUAGUCACUAUAAAUAAGGGUUAUAGUCGAUCCAAGGAUCAGAAAUCGCAUACGUAUCUGAUAGGAUCAAUUGGAGUUAGCGGCAAAACAAAAUGGGACGUUUUAGAUGGUGUAAUCAGACGUCUCUUUAAGGAAUAUAUUUUCCGAGUGGAUCCAGCUGCUAGCUUGGGUUUAAGCUCUGACUGCAUUGCUAGCUAUUGUAUAGGGGAUGUAAUUAGAGCCCAUAGCCUAGAAGUGCCUGAACUGCUGCCUUGUGGAUAUCUGGUUGGAGAUAAUAACAUCAUCACUGUGAACCUGAAAGGAGUGGAAGAAAACAGUUUGGACAGUUUUGUGUUUGACACAUUAAUUCCUAAGCCAAUUACGCAGCGGUACUUUAAUUUACUGAUGGAGCAUCGCAGAAUUAUUCUUUCGGGACCCAGUGGCACAGGAAAAACCUAUUUAGCUAAUAGGCUGGCUGAAUAUAUUAUAACUAAAUCUGGCAGAAAAAAAACUGAAGAUGCAAUUACAACUUUUAAUGUAGAUCACAAGUCAAGCAAGGAUCUGCGACAAUACCUAGCUAACUUAGCUGAGCAAUGCAGUGCUGACAACAACGGUGCUGACCUCCCUGUGGUCAUAAUUCUGGAUAACCUCCACCAUAUCAGUUCACUAAGUGACAUCUUCAACGGUUUCCUCAAUUGUAAAUAUAAUAAAUGUCCCUAUAUUAUUGGAACUAUGAACCAGGGAGUUUCCUCCUCACCAAAUCUGGAGCUGCAUCACAAUUUCAGGUGGGUGCUGUGUGCUAAUCACACAGAACCUGUUAAAGGUUUCUUAGGAAGAUACCUGAGAAGGAAACUGAUUGAGACUGAAAUAGAAAAGAACAUACGCAAUAAUGAGCUCAUCAAAAUCAUUGACUGGAUCCCAAAAACAUGGCAUCAUCUCAACAGCUUCCUAGAAACUCACAGCUCUUCAGAUGUAACCAUUGGUCCCCGCCUUUUCCUCCCUUGUCCCAUGGAUGUUGAUGGCUCCAGAGUGUGGUUCACAGACCUCUGGAACUAUUCCUUGGUGCCGUAUCUUCUGGAAGCAGUGAGAGAAGGACUUCAGAUGUAUGGUAAGAGGGCACCCUGGGAAGAUCCCUCCAAGUGGGUAGCUGACACAUAUCCGUGGAGCUCUGCAUCUCUACAGCAUGAGUGGCCAUCAUUACUCCAGUUAAGACCAGAAGAUGUUGGUUAUGAAGGUUAUGCGUCAGCAAAAGAAGGAACAACCUCAAAGCAUGUUCCACAGACUGAUACAGAGGGGGAUCCCUUGAUGAAUAUGCUAAUGAGGCUUCAAGAGGCAGCCAACUUUUCGAGCGCACAAAGCUGUGACAGCGAUAGCACCAGCCACCACGAUGACAUUUUGGAUUCAUCCCUUGAAUCGACUCUCUGAAAUGGACAGCGCUUGGUGGAGGAUUAUGAUUGCUCUGCCUACCCUCAGAAAUACACAAGGAACCCAAACCCACUUCCACUGCCACCUAAACACUGAGAAAAUCGGCUCAAAUCCAUUUGGUCCCAUGGAAUGGAGUUUUUGGAGGACAGAUGUUUUGAAUUUUUAUCCAGCAGAGCUGGAUGCACUUGAUGCAGCAUGAGCACAAAUAUAUGGUUUUGGUUUUGUUUCGGUUUUUUUUUCCUUUUUCUGAUUUUAGCAUGUUGUUUUGAUUGCUAUUGUUGUACAUGAAAAAAUUCAGCAUAGAAGAACACUGAAGCAGUGAUGUCCACUGUGGAAGAGGAAGAGUUUAUACUGUAAAAGUGGGUUGGUUUUGCACAGUCUAUUGGGUGGGUAAUGUAAAUAUAUAGAAAGAAAAAAAAAAAAGAAAAAAAAGGAAAAAAAAAAAAAAAGCCUUGCACAAAUCAAAUAAAAACAAGCAAACAAACAAAAAAUUGUAUUUUAUUCUGUUGGUGUUAAGAGAUGUUUCACUUGCUGAGAUUUCCAGUAUGUUACAAACAAAUACAGAAUGCAAACCUUAAAAGCUGUUCUUACCUGGUGUGUUUGUCCUGUACUUACAGUUGUUAUGACUAUGCAGGAGCUAUCAAUGCUACAGUGAUCAUGUUUCAAUAUCUCUAUGAAACCAAUACAUUUUGGGGGACUAAACAUCUGGAAAUGAUUUAAGUGCAUAUGUCAUGGCAGGCUACAACCAGAUUGCAUUAAAACUGCUCAGAAUAAUCGGACGUGCUCUUUUUUCCACAAGAGGCAUCCGGUUCAAAUAGGUGCAUAUAAACCAGAAGGUAUCUAAGGGCUUUGGCAUUGUGUAGAUGUGUCCUGUACACCUCCAUCGAUGUUACCUUCAGGAUGUGUAUUUGGUGCUAUUAACUGUGGCCACCCCGUGGUCACUCGCUGUAAAACAAAGAUAAAUCAAUGCAGUUUUCAAAUGGCACUGAGCUGCAUCACUGAAUCUAGAGGUUCCUACACGGUGCUAUUGCCCUAAUAAAACUCCAACUGAUGUUAUGCAUGUCGGAUUCAGCCAGACCAACAUCAUGGCCCCAGAAGCUGGAUCUGUUUCUGUUUGUAAAAUGUCAGUGCGUAUAUCCUGACUGACUCAAAGAAUUAAAGGAAAGCUACUCUUUCCUGUACCUGUGCUCUGAGCAAGCUUGCAGAUCUCUUCCUGCCAUAUUUAACACACAAACACACGUUCCACAUACACAAAACUUCCUGCAAUACAUCUCAGUGAGUCCACCUAGUUUACAACUCAGAAAUUGUUUGUGAAACAUUUGUCUGUAUACAUUUUAUAUUUUGUACAUUUUUGAUGUAACAUAUCGUGUAAAUAGGCAGAAACAGUGAAAUAAAUCAUCUGAAAAGUUUUGUAGUCUUUGUAAAGCCCUAAUAAUAAGUAUUUGGUGUCAUCGGACUUAACUGGAUGAUGUAUUUUCUAUUGGUUUAUUGUUCCUCUAGCUUGUAAACCAGCUUGCGUAUAUUUUUUUGCAGGUGUGCACACUGUAUCUGUCUAAAUUAUUACUUUGCCAUUAAAGUGGAAUUAUUUAUUGAAAA